AUGAAGCGGAGCUGCGAUGCCGGAGACUGGGAGGAGGUGCGGCUGCCAGUCUCCACGAUGCUGUACAGCCAGGCGUGGCCCGUUUGCGAUGAUUCCGCGGAUGACGACGAGCAGGACUUUCACCUCAGCGCGGCCUCCGUCCGCCGAUCUUCUCUAGCGAUGGAGGAAGACCAGAAAACCGGCCGGGUCGUGCAGAGCAAGCUGGACAAGUCGUUGAGACUUCUGAAGGCUGAGUCAGAGAAGAACCGUUCGGAGCUCCUGGGCGCUGCAGCUUCUCGUGGUUUGGAUGGCGUGCUUUUCCCAGGCGGCGCGCUCACACUGCUGGCUCCGCGCCUGGCGGUGGUGGAUGAUGACAAACAGGACGGUGUCAUGCAGCAGCUCAUCUCGGACAUGUUCACGAAGAUGAGCUUGAAAGCCUGA